GAAAAAAUAAUAAAUAGGAGAAAGAACGCCAUAAGUUACCCUUUUCUAUUACUCCACUGAAUCAUGGCUUCUUUUUCGAGCCCUAAUGGGAAAGAAAUGUAAAACCCUUCAAAACCCUAAUCUCAAAUCCCACAGUAUCCACCAUAUCCUCAUGAUUCUAAGGAGGUGGUUAUAAUAAUAAUUAUUAUAAUUUUUAAUAAGAUAAUGACACAGCCAUCAGUAAUACUUGCCACUGCUAGCUAUGAUCACACUAUCAGAUUUUGGGAGGCAAAAAGUGGCCGCUGUUACCGUACAAUCCAAUACCCCGAUUCGCAAGUUAAUAGGCUUGAGAUAACCCCUGAUAAGAGAUACUUGGCUGCAGCCGGGAAUCCACACAUUAAGCUGUUUGAUGUCAACUCAAAUAGUCCUCAUCCGGUAAUGAGCUAUGACUCGCAUACGGCAAAUGUUAUGGCUGUGGGAUUUCAGUGUGAUGGAAACUGGAUGUACUCAGGGUCUGAGGAUGGAACAGUGAAAAUUUGGGAUUUGAGGGCUCCUGGUUGUCAAAGGGAAUAUGAAAGUCGUGCGGCUGUCAACACUGUGGUGUUGCACCCAAACCAGACAGAGCUGAUAUCUGGAGACCAGAAUGGGAACAUUCGAGUAUGGGAUUUGACUGCAAAUUCAUGCAGUUGUGAAUUGGUACCCGAGGUGGAUACAGCUGUAAGGUCUCUAACAGUUAUGUGGGAUGGAAGCUUGGUAGUUGCUGCAAAUAACCAUGGAACAUGUUAUGUUUGGCGCUUGUUGCGAGGGAACCAGACAAUGACCAACUUUGAGCCACUUCAUAAGCUACAAGCACAUAAUAAAUACAUUCUCAAAUGUCUUCUCUCACCUGAAUUUUGUGAUCCACACAGAUAUCUGGCCACUGCAUCGGCCGAUCACACUGUAAAGAUAUGGAAUGUUGAUGGUUUUACUUUAGAGAAAACUUUGAUAGGUCACCAACGCUGGGUGUGGGACUGUGUUUUCUCUGUAGAUGGUGCAUACCUUAUAACAGCUUCUUCUGAUACGACAGCUAGACUUUGGUCCAUGUCAUCCGGUGAAGACAUCAGGGUGUAUCAAGGGCAUCACAAGGCGACUGUUUGUUGUGCACUCCAUGAUGGAGCAGAACCCUCUUCAUGUUGAACCUGGAAUAUCUUUUUUCCACUUUUGGGGUUGGAUUUUUUAAUCACUCAAUGAAUAUGGCAUGAUGAUAAUGCUUGAGUAAAACAUCUGCUGCAUAUAUUUCCUGGCAUUCAUCAAAGUUGUGCCUAUUCUCCCUACCCGUUAAUUUUCGAUUCCUCUGUAACAUAUUUGGGAUCAUAUUAUGGCGCACUCUUCACAGUAUUCGGCGACAAUAAAGUUAUUGAUAUUCAGUUCGUGAUUCCCUUUCUGA